AUGGCUGUCAAUACGACUAUAGGAACCUACACGGAGAGCCGAACUUUUGGUACUUCGUUGGAGAGUCCUCCUAUUCAAACAUCUCCAGAUUCAUGCGCCAAAAAAUUCUCAGAAAUCCUUCAGUUUCCUGGCCCGCCAAAGUUCACAGACAGACAUGAGGAAAGGAUAUAUUUGAAAGGGCGCCUAGCGCUCGCAUUCCGUCUCUUUGCAAAAUAUGGCUUCGAUGAAGGUGUUGCUGGCCACAUCACACUCCGUGAUCCGGUGAUGCCGAACCAUUUCUGGGUCAACCCAUUUGGCCUGUCAUUCAGUGAGAUGAAGAGUUCCGAUCUCAUACUUGUUGAUCCUCACGGAACAGUUAUCGAUGGAGGGCCCAAUCGUCUACUCAAUCAAGCAGCAUACAUGAUCCACCACGCCAUCCAUACAGCUCGUCCCGAGGUCAACUGUGCUGCACACUCGCACAGCAUCUAUGGUCGUUCAUUCUGCGCCCUUGGCCGCGAAAUAGAUAUCAUUACACAGGAUGCAUGUGCAUUCUACCAGGAUCAUUCGGUCUACAAACAAUUUAAGGGCAUUGUGCUAGCCGAAGAGGAGGGCCUGAAUAUCGCUAAAGCCAUUGGCAGCAGGAAAGCAUGUCUACUGCAGAACCAUGGACUUUUGACUUGCGGAGAGACUAUUGAAGCGACCAUCUAUUGGUUUAUUAGUCUUGAGAAGUGUUGCCAUACCCAGCUUCUCGCUGAUGCUGCAGCUGGCGGUCGAGGGAUUUACACAAUCAAGAUCGAUGAUCAGGACGCUUCUUUCACGUAUAAAAGUAAUGGUACGCCCAGGGCGGGCUGGUUUGCUGCGAAACCAAUAUUUGAUGUUGCGGCUCGAGAGGCUGGGUCGGACUAUUUGAGAUGA